AUGUCAGAAAAUUUUACCAGAUCAUAUACUUAUAAAUCAUCGGAAUAUGUGGAGGAAUUUCUCAAAGCAAUCGGAGUUCCCGAUGACGAGAUAGUCCAGUGGUCCAAAGUUAAGCCAAACGGUGAGAUUAGCAAACAGGGAGACAAGUGGACCAUCAAAACAAUUAUGGCCGACAAAACAUAUGAGAUUAACUUUGAAUUGGGCAAAGAGUUUGAUGAGACACAACCCGACGGCACCAAAGUUAAGACAACUAUAGUUAAAGGCGAAGAUAAACAACUAAUUCAAACGCAAACUAACGGCAAAAUUGAAGUUAAAACUGUGCGCGACUUCAACGGUCCCGAAGUGGUCACUACGGCUACCGUCGGCUCAGUUAAGGCCAAAUGGGUUUAUACUAAAAACGCAUAA